UCCUGAACGCCACAGAGUACAGCCCGUAAAGUCAAACAGUCCGCCCCGUGCACCACUGAGCGCGGGCGCUUUGGCCUAGAACGCCUCAGCAAGGGUCGCGCGGCGCUCGCCUUUUCCGGUCGCGCGGGCCAUGCUCCGUGCUGCUCUCGCCGCUGGGCGCCUGCUGCUCGCUCGGCCCCGCGGCCCGCUGAACCGGCAGACGGCGAGGGCCUCGGCGGGCGGGCGGGUGCUGAAGACGCCGAAGGGAACCCGCGACCAAAGCCCGGCCGGCACCGCGCUCCGGGACCGCCUGCUCGCCGCCGUGGUGGCUUGCUUCAAGCGGCACGGGGCGGCCGCCAUCGACACCCCCGUGCUGGAGCUGCGGGAGACGCUGCUGGGGAAGUAUGGAGAGGAGGGGAGGUUAAUCUAUGAGCUGAAGGACCAGGGUGGGGAGCUGCUGGCUCUGCGCUACGACCUCACUGUGCCCUUCGCUCGCUACCUGGCCAUGAACAAGAUCACCAACAUGAAGCGCUACCACGUUGCUAAGGUCUACAGGCGGGAUAAUCCAGCUACCAGCCGAGGCCGCUACCGGGAGUUCUACCAGUGCGAUUUUGACAUCGCUGGGGAGUUCGACUCAAUGAUUCCCGAUGCCGAGUGCCUGAAGAUUGUGCAUGAGGUCUUGAGUGACCUGCAGCUCGGGGACUUUCUCAUUAAGGUCAAUGACCGACGGAUUCUGAACGGCGUCUUUGCCAUCUGCGGCAUCCCAGAGAGCAAAUUCCUGCCUACCUGCUCCACUGUGGACAAGCUGGACAAGGUGCCAUGGGAAGAAGUGCGAACUGAGAUGAUAAGAGAGAGGGGGCUCACGCCCGAGGCUGCAGAUCGCAUUGGGGAGUAUGUUCGGCUUCACGGUGGGCUGGACCUGAUUGAGCGGCUUCUCCAGGACCCCAAGCUAUCCCAGAACAAGCUGGCCAAGGAGGGGCUGGGGGACCUAAAGCUGCUGUUUGAGUACUUGGCACUGUUUGGCAUCGCAGAGAAGAUCUCCUUCGACCUGAGCCUGGCGCGGGGUCUGGACUAUUACACGGGGGUGAUCUUUGAGGCUGUGCUGCUGCAGCCGGAGAACGACCACAUGGAGGAGCCCGUGGGCGUUGGGAGCGUGGCUGGAGGUGGCCGCUAUGAUGGGCUGGUGGGAAUGUUUGAUCCCAAGGGCCGGAAGGUGCCUUGCGUGGGGGUCAGCAUUGGCAUUGAGCGGAUCUUCUCCAUCCUGGAGCAGAGAGUCGAGGCAUCCAAGGAGAAGAUUCGACCGACUGAGACCCAAGUGCUGGUGGCUACACCUCAGAAGAACUUAGUGGCUGCGAGACUGAAGCUCAUCUCUGAGCUGUGGGAUGCAGGGAUCAAGGCGGAGAUGCUGUACAAGAGGGACCCCAAGCUGCUGAAGCAGCUCCAGUACUGUGAGGACACGGGGAUCCCCCUCGCGGCCAUUGUGGGAGAGCAGGAGCUCAAGGACGGAGUCGUCAAACUGCGGGAUGUGACCACAAGAGAGGAGGUUGAUAUCCCAAGGGAAAAGCUUGUUGAGGAGAUCCAAAGACGGCUGGAACUGUAGGACUGCUCUGUCCAGAGCUGCUUUGAACACUAUGGUACAGCUGGAAGAUUCCAGCGCCCUGGGAUGUCCACUCCUGGCUG